GACUAUGAUAGAUAUCAGACAGUAAGGCCCUGAGCACAGAGCGUACAGGACCGUCAUAAACGUCAGACUGCUGGUCUGAGCACACUGAGGGCGAUCAGGCACCUGGAGACAUCAGCUGAAGAGUUCUGUUUCCAGCACUGGUAACUCCAUGGAGAGGUCCGGGAACCCCUAUCUGAGCGUAGAGGCUAUCUGGUCCCGCGUGGGAUGUGUCCGUCUGGUGCAGAUGUUCUUCGGAUGUACCACUUUCAGCCUGGUCCUGCACCAAGCAGGCUUCAGCGCAGCUUACGGCGCAUUCUGCAUCUUCGUUUGGUGCUUCUGUUUUGCGAUCACGACCCUCAUUGUCAUGUGUGAGCUGACACGGCUUCAGUCGUGCUUGCGUGGCUUGUCGUGGGGAAACUUCACCGCCACUGUGGCGAUGCUGGCCACCCUGAUGACACUCACCUCUGCCGUGAUUUACCCUCUCUACUUUGUGUCACUGAAAUGCAGCUCCACGGACUGUACCACAAGGAACUACCGGCUAGCUGUCAGCGUAAGUGCAGGACUCCUAUUCGUGGCCUAUUCUGUGGAGGUAUGUUUGACUCGUGCCAAGCCAGGGCUGUCCUGCAGUUACAUGGCUACUGCCUCGGGUCUGCUGAAAGUCGUCCAAGCUUUUGUGGCCUGCGUGAUAUUUGGGGCUUUGGCAACAGAAAGCCAAUACAAGAAAUACGUUGCCACCCAAUGGUGUGUGGCUGUAUACAGCUUCUGCUUUGCUGUGACUGUGCUGGUGAUCGUAAUGAACAUCACAGGAAGGGCAGUUACCCUGCGCUGCCCCUUUGAACACAUCGUUGUUGUAUACACUGUGGUGGCAAUACUGAUGUAUAUGAGUGCUUCCGUCAUAUGGCCUGUAUAUUGCUUUGACAGCAAGUAUGGGUCACCAGGGCGACCGUCAUAUUGCCCGUGGGGACGAUGUUCAUGGGACAGCCAGUUAGUGGUCACAAUAUUCACCCUUAUUAACCUAUGCCUGUAUAUAGCUGACUUGAUAUAUACGCAGAAGCUACGCUUUGUAGCUCAUUAGGCCUCUAAGCGGGAGGAUUGACCCGUAUCUACAGGACCAUUUAAGUCAAUGAAUAUGAGGCAGGCUGGAAGGCAGAAAGACGUUCUAUUUUAUAGACCACUCAUACACCUUGCCUUUUUUAGGACCUGCAGCAAAACGAAAACCUACUGUUUCAUAUUUGGUAUUUUAUAAAUAGUUUUAUGUUUAUAUAACGUAUCCUUAUUUAACCUUUAUUAACCCUUCUGGAAGGAGGCGCCAGGCAAAGACUACCUAACAAAUAAAAUGCUUAUUAAGGGAAAAUCACUCAAGAUCCACACAGCUCCUGGCCAUUGCAAGAAGAAUUUGAGAAAUGUCUAAAAUGUGGCUGCUGAGUAGGAAAGUGUCUCACUAAAAAUAUCUUGUCUGGUCCUACAAAAUGUGUGCCAGUCUCCCCAAUUCCUUCAUGUUUU